UUGGUCAUCUAAGAAAUUUUCAAGCCAAAAACUUGGACCAAAUAUGCGAACAUUGCCAUGGCAGGGAAGCAAAAACAUACAAGAGUAAAAAAUCAAUUGAAAAUGGGAGAAUUGAAGGUUUUAGGGUCUUGGUCGAGUCCAUAUGGAUUGAGGGUACAAUGGGCUCUGGGACUGAAGAGUGUGGAGUACGAAUACAUAGAUGAAGAUUUAUUAAACAAGAGUGAGAUGCUAUUGAAAUAUAACCCAGUUCAUAAGAAGAUCCCAGUUCUUGUUCAUAAUGGGAAAGCAAUUGCAGAAUCGGCUGUUAUUCUCGAAUACAUCGAGGAGACAUGGCCUCAGCAGCAUCCUUUGCUUCCUAAGGAUCCUUAUGAAAGGGCUAUGGUACGGUUCUGGAUCAACUUCCUCGACAACAAGGAUAAGGUAGCUCCAUUCAUAACAUUCUUCAUUGGGGUUGGGGAGGAACACAAGAAGGCAGUAAAGGAAGCAAAGGAGUUGCUAAAGUUGUAUGAAGAACAAGUGCUUGGGGAGAAGAAAUAUUUUGGUGGUGAAGAAAUAGGGAUGUUAGAUUUGGCCAUGGGGUGGAUGGCCUAUUUUGGAGCCAUUGAAGAAAUAGUUGAUGUCAAAAUAUUGGACGCAGAGACCUUCCCUCGAUUGCAUGCAUGGAUUCAGAAUUUCAGGGCCCAUCCUGUGAUAAAAAACAACCUUCCGGAUCAUGAUCGACUGCUGCAAAAUUACACAGAGAAAAGACAAAGGUUUCUUGCAUAUUCACCACACACAGAAAAUGCUUAAAUUCCUAGUAUUAUAUUCUAUUUGUAUGGCUAUAUAUAAGCCACUUUUUUUUCUUUUUUUUUUUUGGCUUUCUUUUGCUUGUUGAAGCUGAUAAACUCUUUUUUUAUGCAAGUUUGAUUAUUAUUGUGACAAAAUUAAGCUUGGGACAAUUGAUAUUAAGGCUAUAAAUGAAUUCUGCUUGAACAAUCAAA